UCUACUUGACAUGAGAACGACAGCUAAUUUUUUUUGUGGUGGUAUUGGUGUCGUAUUACCGCGCUUAUUUUUAUGUUUACUAAUUAAUUUUAUUCAAACAAUUGGUAAACAAAUAUAAAAAUGGGGAGAAAAACAGCAGCUAGUAGUGCUAAAAGUAAAGAAAAACGUAUGCAAAGAAAAGAGGAACAAAAUCGGAUAAGUCAAGCUAUGGCCGUUGUUGCCCAAGCUAACAAAUUAGAAGAUCCUUUACAACCGUUCCCCGUAUUUAGAAAAUUUAAUAAGAAUGGUUUAGAAGCGGAAUUAUUUGCAAAGAAAUCUACGAAUUUAGAUGAAUUUAUUAAAGAAUGGAGUUUCAACUUGACUAAGAAAAAUAUGCAACUGAAGUAUGAACAAUGCUCUUGGGGUUGGUGUGAUUCCAAGAAGCGCGAGGAAUUAUUUGACGAAGCUGCUUGGUAUCUUGUAGCCAAAGGUCUAGAUGGAACUUUACUCGGUUUUUCUCAUUUUAGGUUCGAUAUAGAUGAGGGUCAGGAGGUAUUGUAUUGUUAUGAAUUACAAUUGGAUCCGUCUUAUCAAAGAAAAGGUUUAGGUAAAUUUAUGAUGCAGGUGUUGGAACUUGUAGCUUUUAAGAAUAGUAUGAAAAAAGUCGUUCUAACAGUUUUAAAAAAUAAUCAAUCUUCAAAGUUCUUUAAAGCACUAAAUUAUGAAUUAGACGAAUCAUCUCCUAUAGAUGAUGAAGAGGAAUCUUACCCCUACGAAAUUCUUAGUAAAAUAAAUAAACGAUUAGUGCCCCAUCAGUCUCCGAUGAAGGUGAAUUCUCAUCAUUGUUGUUCAGGACACGAUCACCAUCACUGACUCAUUUUUAAAAACUUAUAUAAUUUCAAAUUGUAAUUUUUAUAAAGUAAACAUAUUUUAACUUUGAUAA